AUGGAAAGAGACAUAAAGGAAAACGAAGAAGUUAUAGAGAAAGCAGAUCUGAUCGUUCAGUCGAAAGUGCGGAAUAAAACCCAACAAGAACUUAUUACUGAAAAAGCACAAGUUAAAGCUGCUAAGCCUAUCAAAGAGGUGUGGUCAACAUCGCUCGCACAGGGAGGCAUGGGAGGUGCCGGUACGCGCAGCGAAUUUGCACAGGACUUCACAGCUCAAGGGGGUGCUACUGGUGCAACAUAUACUAAAACUACUACUACCACCACAACUACUACUACUAAAAAAGGAGAAGCUGGUGCUGGAAAUGUAUACAUUGUUGGCAGUGCACCAGGAAAAGCAUCUGGUGGCGCUUACUCCAAAACUACAACCACUACUACUACUACCAAAGGU